AUGACUAGUAAAAUUGGCUGUCUAAAAACAUUAGGGAAAGCAAACAAAGAGAGUGAGAGACAAAGCGACGGCCACCAACAACGAGGACAGGCGACGGCUGAGGAGGGAGCGGGCGAUCCUCUCUCUUCUCUUUUCUUCUCUUCGCUCAACCCACUUGCUCUCCUCAUCGCCAUCGCUCCUGCUUCUGCUGCCAUGGCUGCCGCCGCCGCCUCCUCCACUGAUCCUUCACCCUCCCCUUCCCCGCGCGCCGGCCGGGCCGCUCGCCAACCCUGGUCCCACGUCGUCCGCGGAGAGCCGGACGGAUCAUCCUCCUCCCCGCCCUUGAUGCCGUCGCCGGAUACUUCCGAUCGCAAGCCUUCCCCUCCUGGCGGAGUCACACCCGAAGCCGCCGCCUCGCUCGGGAAGAAGCCCGCCUGGAACCGACCUUCCCUCAAUGGCUCGACCGAGCCGGGCCCUUCCGUGAUGGGAGGCUCCGCCUCCUGGCCUGCUCUCUCCGAGUCCGCCAAGCCCGUUGUCAAAUCUCACGCCUCCGCUUCCGAUGGAGUGCCGCUCGCUGCAUCACCGGAUCCUGCGACUUCGAGUUCUUUGCCGAAGCAGAACUUGAUUCCACCUGGCAGUCCAAAUUAUGGGGCCUCUGAACACCAGAAAUCGAUUAAACGUGGCGGAAAUAUCAGCAAUGGCGCGCUUCCUGUCGGUGUGGCGGCUGUCCCUUCCCCGCCACCAACUUUGGCAAUCACUCCCCAGGCAAACACGGACGAGAAGACUCCUCGGGAGCAAACUCCCAAGAUCAGUACCAGUUACGAGCAUAAUUCCAGGGGAAGCGGGUCGGAUUCACAGGUCCAUGAUGGUGGUGGUGACCAUCGUAGGACCUAUAGCGGCAACAGGAGGUGGAACAAUGGUGGUGGUCAUGGAUCUCACCAUGGCAACUACAGUAACCGCCGCGAUCAGGAGAAUGAUAGAUCUCGUAGGAAUGCUUUCGGAAGAGACAUCCAGAUGCAGCACCAAGGUGUCCGACCCUACCUCAGACCUCCACCGCCACCAAUGCCACCUCCAUUCCCUGGACAUAUUCCACAGGUUCGGCCUUUCGGGAAUCCCGUUGUUUUCCCGGAUAUGCAAUCUCCUUUCUUUUAUUUUCAUAACCAGCCACCUCCUGGCCCUCUUCCGUUCCCUGCUAUGUAUUUCCCAGCUAUGGAUGUGCAACGUGCUACUUUACUCAAGCAGAUAAAUUUCUAUUUCAGCGAUGAGAAUCUGUGCAGAGAUGUUUAUUUAAGGCAGAACAUGGAUGAACAGGGAUGGGUUCCAGUGUCCUUGAUUGCAGGGUUCAAUAGAGUUCGACAGAUAACAAACAACAUAGAUUUCAUACUAGACACAUUGCCACUGUCCCCUGAAGUUGAAGUACAGGGCGAUAGGAUAAGGAAGCGUCAAGGCUGGAUGAGUUAUCUUCUCCUACCAAGUUCCAAUCGGGCUGCUAAUACUUCUGGUCAGUCACCAGUAGCACUGACACCUGAUAAUCUUGCUUCACAGUUGCAAGCUGUUGACUUGGAGGGGACAGCGUCACAGCCGAGAAGGACAAUGAUUCUCAAUCAGUCUGCAGCUGGUGCAUUGAAUAAUGAGUUACAUGCUGCUACCGAUCUUAGUGGCAGUGUUGAUAUUGAGCGAAUGGGUCAAGAGUGACUUGUUUUUGAGUUCUUCACUAAUGGAGAAUCGAGAAUGGAGAGAAAGCAUUCCUUGUUCUGUGGGAGAUUGCAUUUAGCAAUUGCUGUGCCAUGCCAGAAUCUCUAAGUACCAUCUUAGGUUGCAGAUGAAAGAGGGUGAAAAACAAAAACAACAGAAGAAAAAAAAAUUAAAAUCAAAAGAAAAGGCAAAGAAAUCAAAAGUAAAGAAAGAGAAAGAUAGAAGCUACAAUUAUGAGGUUCUAUAUAGAUAGGCAGGUGAGAUGAGCAGUUCCAUGCCAAUAUUUAUUUCCUUCGUGUUUAUUUGUGGGUUUCCAGUUGUUUACUUUUGCGUACUGUUUCUUAGGAGCGUCUGAAUUGUUCUCAUUUUUGCAUUUCGAGGAUGAUGUUUGUCACCCUGAGAACUUGUCAAGUGGAUUUUUUCCGUUUUGUUUUCGUUCCUUGAAUAAGAGACAACAUUUCUCUUCA